AUGAGUGUUCCGUCGGGUCUCUUCUUCCGACCACCUAUACGCUGUCCCAUCACCCCGCCGAGUCCCCCCUACUCGCCUCCCCGCGCUGGCUUCAGCUGGCGGGACGUCCCCACACGCUACCCAGUGGACCACCUGGCCCAGCUCCCGCACCGCCAGCGCGCCGCAGCGGCCCCAUUGCCCCGCGUACAGCACGACUUCACGCCCCUCCCGCGCAAAGCAGAGGCCAUCCGCCGCGAGCGCCAAGCAGCCGUAAAGCGCAGCUUCCAGCGCGCAUGGAAGUCCUAUGAGACGCAUGCAUGGAAGAAGGACGAGCUCGCCCCGCUGUCCGGAACCUCCAAGACGACCUUCGGCGGCUGGGGCGCCACCCUGGUUGACAACCUCGACACGCUGCUCAUCAUGGGCCUGCAGCCGGAGUUCGAGCGUGCCGUCGCAGCCAUCAUGGAUACGGAUUUCCGCCCUGAGAGCGCUUCCCAGUCAACCCUCAACCUCUUCGAGAUCACAAUCCGCUACCUCGGCGGGUUCCUCUCCGCCUACGACCUCACAGACUGCCGCGACACCCGCCUCCUCGACAUCGCCGUCCGCCUCGGCGACAUGAUCUACGCCUCCUUCGACACACCCACCCGCAUGCCCAUCACCCGCUGGAACCCCCACGCCGCCAUCUCCGCCGCGGAAUCCACCACCCCCGCCGACCAAGACCGCCACCAGCAGUUCGCCGCAGAGAACGGCAUCAUCGCCGAGCUCGCAUCCUCCAGCCUCGAAUUCACCCGCCUCUCCCAGCUAACCGGCGACAUGCGCUACUACGACGCCAUCUCGCGCAUCACCGACGCGCUCGACGCGCAGCAAUCCCAAACCCUCAUCCCCGGCCUCUGGCCCGUCGGCAUCGACGUCGCAACACCAGACCUGACAACAGGCACCACAUUCAGCUUCGGCGCCAUGGCCGACUCCGCCUUCGAAUACCUCGGCAAAACGCACCAGCUGCUCGCAGGCAGCACAACCCAAUACAAGCGUCUCUACGAGCGCGCCAUGUCCGCAGGCAUCGACCACCUCCUCUUCCGCCCCCGCACCCCAGACAACGCAGACAUCCUCAUCCCAGGCACAGCCCGCGCCUCGCCCAAGGGCGACACCAUCACGCGCGACAACGCAGGCGAGCACCUCACGUGUUUCGUCGGCGGCAUGUACGCCCUAGGCGGCAAGCUCUUCAACAACGACACGCACGUCGAGCUCGGCCGGAAACUGACCGACGGGUGUGUCUGGCUGUACCGCCACUCGCCGACGGGAAUCAUGCCCGAGAGUUUCGCCCUCCAAGCCUGCCCUUCAUUCGACGAAUGCGACUUCCCCUCCUCAUCCUCAUCCUCAUCCUCUGGUAAGAACAAGAAAAAAAACAACAACCACUUCACCUCCGUCCGCGACAAACGCUACGCGCUCCGCCCCGAAGCAAUCGAAAGCGUCUUCUACCUGUACCGCAUAACCGGCGACGAGAGCUACCGCGACGACGCCUGGGAGAUGUUCACCGCGAUCGACGAGCUCACGCGCACGCCCUACGCGAACGCGGCUCUGCUAGACGUCACGGGGACGACUUUCUCCUUCACCGACGAUGACAGCGGGGAUGAUGGGGGGAACCCGCCCCAGCAGGAUAGUAUGGAGAGUUUUUGGAUGGCGGAGACGCUGAAGUAUUUCUAUUUGGUGUUUAGUGAGCCGGAUGUGCUCAGUUUGGAUGAGUUCGUUUUUAACACCGAGGCGCAUCCGUUUCGGUUAUAG